AUGAUCGUAGAAAAAGACCGAGGAAUGAUAACAGGGACAACUCAAGACUCAUCUAGUGAUAAGAAACCAGUAGUAAAAAAAGAAGAACCAAAUUUUCAAACUACUGGCAAAUUAGCCGAGGAUACAAAUACUUUUAAUGGUGUAGUUAUAAAGUAUAGCGAGCCAGCUGAGGCGAGAAAACCUAAACGACGUUGGCGAUUAUACCCAUUUAAAGGAGAGAAACAAUUACCCGUGUUACACAUACACAGGCAAAGUGGAUAUUUACUCGGACGUGAUCGAAAGGUGGCAGAUAUACCAAUAGAUCAUCCGUCAUGCUCAAAACAGCACGCAGCUCUUCAAUACAGGUUAAUUUCAGCCAAAAAAGAUGGACGCCAUGUUAGAUGUAUUCGGCCAUAUAUUAUUGAUCUAGAAUCGGCUAAUGGCACUUAUGUUAAUAAUCAGCGUAUAGAUUCAAAAAAGUAUGUGGAAUUGAUGGAGAAAGACGUCAUUAAGUUUGGGUUCAGUUCUAGAGAGUAUGUGCUUUUACACGAACAUAGCACAGACUCUGGAGAUGACGAUAGUCUUGCUGAAGACAAUCCAAAUGAGGAAUCCAAUGCAAAUUGA